CAGCGGAGACGGGAGCAAGAUGGCAAUUCCGGGCAGGCAGUAUGGGCUUAUUUUGCCAAAGAAAGGACAGCAGUUGCACCCUGUUUUGCAAAAGCCGUCAGUGUUUGGGAAUAAGUCUGAUGAGGAGGAGGAGACCUCCAUGAGUGAAAGCCUUCAGAGGGAAGCUGCUAAGAAGCAAGCAAUGAAACAGACCAAACUGGAAAUCCAGAAGGCCCUUGCAGAAGAUUCUACUGUAUAUGAAUAUGAUAGUAUUUAUGAUGAAAUGCAGAAAAAAAAGGAAGAAAGUAAUCCAAAAUUGCUUUUGGGAAAAGACCGAAAGCCCAAGUGCAUUCACAACUUACUAAAAGCAGUUGAGAUCAGAAAAAAGGAACAGGAAAAAAGAAUGGAAAAGAAAAUACAAAGAGAAUGAGAAAUGGAAAAGGGAGAAUUUGAUGAUAAAGAGGCAUUUGUAACAUCUGCUUAUAAGAAAAAACUGAAAGAGAGAGCUGAAGAGGAAGAAAGAGAAAGGAGGGCUGCUGCACUUGAAGCACGUUUGGAUGUAACCAAGCAGAGAGAUCUCAGUGGAUUUUAUAGGCACCUAUUAAAUCAAGCAGUUGGUGAAGAGGAAGUACCUACAUGCAGCUUUUGUGAAACCAGGUCUGGGAUAAAAGAAGAGAAAUCAAAGGAAUAUUCCAAUGAAGUAAGUUCAGAAAACAGAAUACCUCAUGAGAACUGCAUUCACCAAACUGUUAUGAAAGUAGAGGAAAACCCAGAUGCAGACAGUGACUUUGAUGCUAAGAGCAUUGAGGAUGGUGAUACAGAAGAAAAUAAUAAAGUGAACUGCAGAAGGGAAAAAGGCACAGAAACCUUAAAAAAUUACUCCAAGCAUCACAGGAAUCAUACCCACUCAAGGUCAUCUAGUGAAGAAAGAGAGAAUGGUACCAAUUACCACACAAAAAGUUCCAAGUCAAGAGGACACAAGAAAAGGGAAGAUCAGUAUCAAGAGAGACAAUCCAGGGAGCAGGACAGCUAUUACACUGACCGUGAUUACAGAAAAGAAAAGAAGGAUUCCCAUAGGCACAGAGAGGCCAGUUACAGAGAUUCACACUGGAAGAGGCAUGAACAAGAAGAUAGACUGAGGGGAAGAGACCAGAGAGAAAGAAAUGAUAGGGAAUGGAAGAGUGAAAAAGACAGGGAGAAAUAUCCCUCAAGAGAACAAGAAAGAGACAGACAACGAAGUGAUUAUAACCGACACAGUGAGAAAGGAGGAGAGAAGGAAGAGAAAAGCAAAGAAAAGGAAGAGCAUAUGAAAGCAAGGAAAGAAAGAUAUGAAAACAGUGAUAAAUACAGAGAUAGAGAAAAACUAGAAGUAAGUGUUCAAUCUUCAGAGAGAAAUCAAGACAGAAAGGAAAGCAGUGCAAAUUCUAGGGCAGAGGAUAGGCUUCUUAACCAGGAAAGCGCCAGUAAAAUGAGAAACAUGGAAAAGGACAAAGAAAGAAGCCCAGAGAAACCCUCCAGUUCUGAAACAUCACUGGGAGCAAAACACAGAAUCACAGAGGAAUGUCAAGAGACAGGCAAAGAACAAGAGAGGCCACAUGAGACAGUGAACAAGUUUGCAAAGCAGAGCAACGAAGAAACUGAGAUGUCAGCAAGAGACAGAUACUUGGCCUGGCAAAUGGCACGGGUUAAUGCAAAGACAUAUAUUGAGAAAGAAGAUGAUUGA